UCAUGAUGACACGGCACCUCAGUCCCGUUGUGCUCCAUGAAACAAAAAAACAACGGCAGCUUCGAAACCUGCAAAUAGUUAGAAUGGCCAACUUCUAUUUGAUUCGCGUGGUUUUGAUGUGACGGCCUUGUCUGUCUGUCAAAUAAGCGAUAUCGCUUACUACAGAGUACAGAUCUAUUUGGAUUGUGGAAAUGGCCGCGAAGGUCCUUAUGGUCGCAGAGAAACCUAGCAUUGCUCUCUCUAUUGCCCUUGCACUUUCAGGCGGUCGCGUUUCUUCUCAGAAAGGUAGUACUGAGGUUCAUGAAUUUGAUGGGACAUUUUUGGGUGUUCGUGCGCAUUACAAAGUGACUUCUGUCAUUGGGCAUGUCUUCAGUGUAGAUUUUCCACCAACCUAUCAAAACUGGGAAGCUACAGAUCCUCUGGAUCUUUUCCAGGCGCCAGUUCAAAAGACGGAAUCAAACCCAAAGGCUCAUAUUUGUAGGCACUUAAGUCAAGAAGCACGUGGUUGUGGGCAUCUGGUAUUGUGGCUGGAUUGUGAUCGUGAGGGAGAGAACAUAUGUUUUGAAGUUAUUGAGUGUACCGGCUUUCGUGCAAAAGACACUGGUAGAAAAGUUUAUCGUGCUCGGUUUUCUUCUGUUACUGAGAAGGACAUUUUAAUGGCCAUGAACAACCUUGUUGAACCCAAUAAAGAUGAAGCAUUGGCUGUGGAUGCACGCCAAGAGAUAGAUUUGAAAGUUGGUGUUGCAUUUACACGGUUUCAGACUCGUUAUUUCCAAGGAAAAUAUGGAAACCUCGAUUCCAGGGUUAUUUCCUAUGGGCCAUGCCAGACUCCUACUCUUGGAUUUUGUGUACAACGCCACUUGCAAAUUACUACUUUUAAGCCAGAGAAGUUUUGGACUUUGCACCCUUACAUAAUACAAAAUGGCUAUGAACUUAAAUUAGAAUGGAGUCGUAACAAGUUGUUUGAUGUUGAUGUUGCUAUGAUGUUUCAAAAGUUGGUGAAUGAGGAUGGAAUUCUUGAAGUAACUGAUGUAUUAUCAAAAGAAGAGUGCAAAACUCGUCCUUCUGGUCUUAACACAGUCAAUAUGCUGAAGGUUGCUUCAAGUGCAUUUGGUCUUGGACCUCAAAUUGCAAUGCAAAUAGCUGAGCGCUUGUAUACUCAAGGUUUCAUCAGCUAUCCAAGGACAGAGUCCACGGCCUAUCCUCCAUCAUUUGACUUUAAGGGGACACUUGGGGAACAGGCAAAGAAUCCAACAUGGGGCAAUUAUGUACAUUGGCUACUAGAACUUGGUUUUCAUAGGCCACGAUUGGGAACAGAUGCAGGUGACCAUCCUCCCAUAACUCCACUGCAGUCAGCAACUGAAGAUAUGCUAGGGAAUGAUGCCUGGAGAUUGUACGAGUUUAUCUGUCAACACUUUAUUGGGACUGUCAGUCCUGAUUGCAAGUAUUUGAGGACGAGAGUAGACUUUACUAGUGGUGGGGAAUUAUUCUACUGUACUGGACAGCAUGUCACAGUUAAUGGAUUUACAUCUGUAAUGCCGUGGAUGGCAGUAACUGAGAAGAAUCUUCCUCAGUUCACUAAAGGGGAAAAAAUAGAAAUUUCAAAACUUGAAUUAUUUGAGGGAAAUACAACACCUCCAGAUUACCUCAGUGAGAGUGAGCUGAUUUCCCUUAUGGAGAAGAAUGGGAUAGGUACUGAUGCAUCCAUUUCUGUACAUAUUAACAACAUAUGUGAGCGCAAUUAUGUGCAGGUGCAUCCUGGAAGGAGGUUGGUUCCUACAGCCUUAGGAAUCACCUUGAUAAGAGGAUAUCAAUGUAUAGAUCCAGACCUUUGCUUGCCAGAUAUUCGCAGUUUCAUUGAGCAUCAAAUUACCCUUAUAGCUAAAGGUCAGGUAGAUCAUUUCCAGUUAGUGCAACAUGUGCUGCAGCAGUUCAGACAGAAAUACUCUUAUUUUGUUAAGAAGAUUGAUAACAUGGAUGCAUUGUUUGAAGCACAGUUCUCACCUUUAGCAGAUUCAGGCCGUGUGCUCAGUAAAUGUGGGAAAUGUCUGCGGUACAUGAAGUACAUCUCCACUCAACCAUCACGUUUAUAUUGUGGUACAUGUGAGGAGGUUUAUUAUCUUCCUCAAAAAGGCACAAUCAAGCUGUACAAGGAACUUGUAUGCCCUCUCGACAACUUUGAGCUCUUAAUCUUUUCCAUGGCUGGCCCAGAAGGAAAGUCCUUGCCUUUAUGUCCUUAUUGUUACAAUAGUCCUCCAUUUGAAGGUAUAGACACUCUCUUUGGAAGCCUUAAGAUAAGCAAUUCGGGAAACUCAACGAAAGGAGCUGGCAUGCCAUGUUUCCUCUGUCCACAUCCCACAUGCAGGCAUUCUAUGAUAUCCCAAGGGGUGUGUGCCUGCCCUGAGUGCAAUGGUACUCUUGUUCUUGAUCCAGUCAGUGCUCCCAAGUGGAGACUUUAUUGCAACAUAUGCAACUGCCUUGUCUUCCUUCCUCAGGGUGCCCACAGGAUUUCAACAACCCGAGAGCGGUGUCCUGACUGUGAUUCUACAAUCAUAGAAGUUGACUUCAAUAAGAAAACAACACCUCUGAAAGAUGGGGCCACUUUGCAYACUGGCUGCAUUUUGUGUGAUGAAUUGCUACAUUCUCUUGUGGAGAUGAAGCAUGGGAAAUCUUUCUUCAAACGAAUGGGAGGGAGACCAAGGGGAAGAGGAAGAGGAAGAGGAAGAGGAGGCAGCAGGGGAAGGGGACGGAGUGGUGGAAAACGAGAGGACCCAAAAAUGAGCUUCCGAGACUUCUGACAUAUGUUGAAUUCAGUCUUCCUACAUAGUUUGAUUUAUAAGCAGACAGCAUUAGUUAAUCAUAUAACAUGGAAGAAUUGUUGCUUCUGUUGUUAUGGUUCCUAAAAGGAAGCUCUUUGGAGUGGAAUAUACAUGAAAUUUCUGAAGGUGUUGGAUCUCAUUCAAUCUCAAAAAAUCAUGACCACAGACACUGGCUUGGCUUCAUUUGGCGUGUCAUUAUAAUUUGUACAUUAUUGUAGAUUGAUCUUGGCUAUGUGGUGCACCUCACAAUAGAACCUCGAUUUUCUUCCAGGAGAUAGAAAAGCGGUCAGGAUAUAUUGUCGUUAAAUCUGAAGCACUCUAGAAUAGAAUGUUGCUCUGUUUCUCUAUGUAAUACUGUACUUUUAUUCCAUUUAAUAUGGACACUAUUGAGGCUAAGGUUAACCCUUCUAAAGCUCUUCAUUACAGAACUGCAAACCCUUUCAUCUUUAAGAUGGUACGAAGACGCGUGUGCUUGCUGAUUUAAUUGAACUAUUAAGGAGAAGUUCCCAGUAGCCGAUCGGUUUUACUGUAAAUAUUUUGUAUUUCCAUAAAAAUCUCAUAUGACAAUCACAGGGCUGUCAAUGGAUCGGUUCUACCCUUCCAUUGACUCGGGGUUCUUUAUUUUGGGCAAAGUUGUAAUUUCCUUUUGCUUUUAUGGGGGCUCCAGCCCAACCCGGGGAGUUGAAGAAAGUUAGAAAGUUUGUUUCCCCUUUCUUAUAAUUAAUUCUGUUUAUCACUUUAUUGUUAAUGGAAAGUUACUGUUAUUGAUC